AAAGAUCAGCCACUGCCCAGGCCUCAAGGGGAGGCGGGCAGUGAGCAGCUCACAGAGCUCAGGCCUCACGCAGACCACCAGAUUCAAGGGCAUGGCUCUCGACAGGGUCCCGAGGAGGGUAGGGGUGGUGGGCUACGGCCGCCUUGGACAGUCCCUUGUUUCUCACCUGCUGACUCAGGGACCAGAACUGGGCCUAGAACUUGCUUUUGUCUGGAAUCGUGACCCAGGGCGAAUGGCAGGGAGUGUGCCCCCUUCCCUGCAGCUCCAGAACCUCGCUGCUCUUGGGGAGAGGCACCCUGACCUUGUGGUGGAAGUGGCCCAUCCUAAAAUAAUCCAGGAAUCUGGGGCACAAAUCCUGCGCUAUGCCAAUCUCCUGGUGGGGUCCCCCUCAGCCCUGGCUGACCAGGCCACUGAGCAGCAGCUCCUGGAGGCCUCGCACCGCUGGAACCACGCUGUGUUUGUGGCCCGGGGGGCCCUGUGGGGCACUGAGGACAUCACCAGAUUGGACGCAGCUGGGGGCCUCCAGAGUCUUCGCGUCACCAUGGCCACGCACCCCGACGGCUUCCGGCUCGAGGGACCGCUGGCUGCAGUGCCCAGCACUGGGCGUUGCACUGUGCUCUAUGAAGGUCCCGUCCGGGGACUCUGCCCCUUUGCCCCCCGCAACUCCAACACCAUGGCGGCCGCCGCACUGGCCGCCCCCAGCCUGGGCUUUGAUCGCGUGGUUGGGGUGCUUGUGGCUGAUCUCAGCCUCACAGACAUGCAUGUGGUGGACGUGGAGCUGAGUGGAACCCCGGGCCCCACAGGACGAAGGUUUGCUGUGCACACCCACAGAGAGAAUCCUGCAGAGCCAGGCGCUGUCACAGGCUCUGCCACUGUUACCACCUUCUGGCGCAGCCUCCUGGGCUGCUGCCAGCUCCCCUCCAGGCCGGGGAUCCAUCUCUGCUGAGAAGCCUCCUCUUUCCCUGGUGGACAUCUUCGUCUCAUUUACGUCCCCCCACCACGGCCCUGGCCCCGGUUACCCCCGACCUCCCUCCUGUCUCAGUAAAUAUUGGAGGCUCUUCU